AUGAGCGACCUCGACCUCACACGGCUCCUGCAGGGUCACACAAUUUUCUCCUGCGUCGCAGCACUGUCGGAUGCACCGGCGUGGAACCCGGCGAUAUCGAUCGUUGGGCUGAUGGUCGUUACGAGGAUGGACGAGGGUGGGAGUGCCGCAGAGACGGUUCGGCAGUUCGUCGCCGUCCUCGGAGGAUCCAUCUUCCUCGACUUCCUCUGGUUCGUGUCGAACAGCACUCACGGGCUCGUGCGGGUUCUGAUCAUGGUCAACUGGCUGCUCAAGUUCAUCACGAUCAUGAACGCGCUGAGUCAGCUACGAGCGCGCGGCGAGAACAGCUUCGGGUAUCAGGGGGCCGGCUUCAGCCUUCCAGGUGGUUUGGCCGACCGGAUCCCAGGCUCCUUCCCUUCGUUCGGCGGCGGAGCGCGGCACGAGACUGGCGAGACCGUCUGGUCCGCGCCCGCUCAGCAACACUCGUAUCAAACCCGCUUCUCGCUCGAUGAGGAAGCCUCCGCCGGCAGUGCGACUCCUCCGCCCCCUCCACCGCCGUCAUCCGGCUCGGGCAGAAAGAGUGCAGGAGGAGGAGGCUCGGGCGGCGGGAAGACUGGGAGCAGGAAGGACCCGGUUGCGCCGCUGCCUUCGACGACGGCGGAAGGAGGCGGGUAUCAUACGCUCGAGUGA